UCUCCUCACUUGCUCACUAACUCCCCGGUUUUCACUCUCUCUUAACUCGGAGCCCAGUAGCCCACGGAGAACCGAAAAAAAAAACCCCUCCAUCUCUCAACCUUCACUCGUCAGGCCACUGAGAUUUGGAAUCAGAGAGACAGGGAGAGAGAAAGAAAGAAACAGCUUGCAAACAUUAUAUUUUUGCUUAUCACUACCAUUAAUGCUUAUCAGCAACAAAGCGUGAACAGAGCCAAGCUCUAUUUUUGCUUUUUUCACGGACUUGCCAGACGACAGCAAACAAGCAAUCAAUCAAACAAAAGGAGAGAGAGAGGGAAAAAAAAAUUACUUCAAAGCUUUUUCGUUGUUAUUUUCGCGCGAACAGAGGAAGUUACCUAAAAUGGAGCUGAGUAAGGUAACUUUGGAGAUCUUCACAAAACUGGAGCAAAAAUGGCUAUCGCACUGUGAAACCACCAAGCAGAUUCGAAUCCUCAGCAUUGACGGUGGUGGAACCACCGGCAUUGUCGCUGGUGCCUCUCUUAUCCACCUGGAAGACCAGAUCCGCCUAAAAACUGGUGAUCCGAAUGCUCAAAUUGUCGAUUUCUUCGACAUCAUCGCCGGCACUGGCAUCGGUGCUGUUCUUGCUGCCAUGCUUUCUGCCGACGAUGGAACUGGCCAUCCACUUUUCACUGCUAGAGAAGCUGUCAAGUUUAUCAGUCAUCAUAACUCCCAGCUCUUCAAAGUUAAUACGCUCGCCGGAGUUCUUCACCGUAGGAAGAGAUUCUCCGGUAAGAGCAUGGAUAAGGUGCUGAAGGAAAUGUUUAAGAGAGAAGACGGAAAGGUUUUGACGCUGAAGGACACGUGUAAGCCACUCCUGGUUCCUUGCUUUGACCUUAAGAGUUCUGCUCCAUUUGUUUUCUCUCGCGCCGACGCUUCCGAAUCACCUAGCUUCAACUUCGAGCUUUGGCAAGUGUGCCGCGCCACGUCAGCCACUCCGAGCCUCUUCAAACCUUUCGCAUUGACAUCUAUCGACGGCAAGACCUCGUGCUCCGCUGUAGACGGCGGUUUGGUGAUGAACAACCCUACUGCCGCUGCGGUCACGCACGUGCUCCAUAACAAGAGAGAUUUCCCUUCCGUUAAUGGCGUGGAGGAUCUGCUGGUUUUGUCGUUAGGCAACGGUCCCUCAUGUGGAAGGUCAAAGGUCCAUAACAACGGCGAAUGCUCAACUUCUUCCGUUAUUAACAUUGUGCUCGACGGAGUCUCGGAGACCGUAGACCAGAUGUUGGGGAACGCUUUCUGUUGGAACCGUACAAACUACGUUAGAAUUCAGGCAAACGGACUGGGGAGUGACAAGGGACCAAGAAUGGAGGAAGUACUGAAGGAGAGAGGAGUAGAGUCGUUACCGUUUGGCGGAAAGCGGUUAGUGACGGAGACUAACGGACAGAGACUUGAGGGCUUUGUGCAACGUCUCGUUGCCUCCGGCGAAACCAGCCUUCCCCCAAGUCCCUGCAAGGAAUCAGCCGUUAGCCUCCUUGCCAACGGCCUUUAGCUACUCUUUUUUCCUUUUUCUUUCCUUUAUUUUUUUUAAUUUUCUUUUUGUAACUCUUUUUAAGAUGUAACAAAUCUCAAGUUUUACUUAUAACUGUCCGUACUUUGGAGUUAAAAUAGCUGGUAAUUAGUCAUAUGUCUCCGUUGUGGCUGAAUUAAUAAUGUAAGAUUAGGUGCUAAGUUAAUGAUGAAUUAAAUGACACGUCAUUAUUAUUAGCAACAUAAAGUAUAUAUAUCUUUUAUGAUUCACAUUAACUUUUGUCUGGUGGACCGGCAAUUCCUCAAUCAACGAAUUUC